AUGAAGCCACCAGCCGCUGGAACACCUCAUACUUACCUUGAUGGCAUCCCCCCCUUCAUGUACCAGGGGGUGUGGGCCGUGGGGGCCUCUCAUAGCACGGCGACCAUGUCCUCAGGGGGACCCUGCGUUUUGUAUGGGCUUCGGCUCAUGCACCGUCUCAAUAUUUUCCUGUCCUGCUUCGGCCCUCGGGCUGGGCAGGCCUUUUUUUUGGCACCUGCGCUGUCCCAACCCUAA